AUGUCCCUACCUCCACCUCCUCAAUUUGCAGGGGCCCCAGGCCAGCCACAAUAUGAGAAUGGCACAACAAAUGGUCAUGGGAAUCCUGCGCACAUGCCUCCUCCACCGCUACCUCCAGUCGUGAUUCCGCAGAAUACCAAUCCUAUACCAACAGCCUUGACAUCGCCCGGGGGUGAUUCAACUGGAAUGUUGUCACCUUCAUCAGGCUCUGGUAGUUUCGUCCGCCGUGCUGCUCCGGAACCAAAUAAGCGUGCACUCUAUGUAGGGGGAUUAGACCCAAGGGUCACGGAGGACAUUCUCCGCCAAAUUUUCGAGACUACAGGGCAUGUGCAAAACGUUAAGAUCAUUCCGGAUAAAAAUAUGGGAGCCAGCAAGGGCUUCAACUACGGUUUCAUCGAAUACGACGACCCAGCUUCAGCAGAACGGGCCAUGCAGACCCUCAAUGGUCGUCGCGUCCAUCAAGCGGAGAUUCGAGUCAACUGGGCUUAUCAAUCCAACAACUCCAACAAGGAAGAUACAUCCAACCAUUUCCAUAUCUUUGUUGGUGAUCUGAGCAAUGAGGUCAAUGAUGAGGUCCUUACUCAAGCUUUCUCGGCCUUUGGUUCUGUUUCUGAAGCGCGUGUCAUGUGGGACAUGAAGACUGGCCGCUCUCGCGGGUACGGUUUUGUGGCAUUCAGAGACCGCGGUGACGCUGAGAAAGCGUUGAGCUCCAUGGAUGGCGAGUGGCUUGGUUCUCGCGCUAUUCGUUGCAACUGGGCAAAUCAAAAGGGUCAGCCCUCAAUUUCUCAGCAACAAGCCAUGUCGUCAAUGGGCAUGACCCCUACCACUCCUUAUGGCCAUCACCACUUUCCCACUCAUGGGAUGCAGAGCUACGAGAUGGUUGUCGCGCAAACUCCUCAGUGGCAGACGACAUGCUACGUCGGCAACCUUACCCCUUACACAACUCAGAAUGAUCUUAUUCCCCUUUUCCAGAAUUUUGGCUUUGUCGCGGAGACGCGUUUCCAGUCAGAUCGCGGUUUCGCGUUUGUGAAAAUGGACACACACGAAAAUGCCGCCAUGGCAAUCUGUCAGUUGAGUGGGUACAAUGUCAACGGCCGUCCUUUGAAGUGCAGUUGGGGCAAAGACCGUCCUCCAACCGGCCAAUUCGAUGGCUACUCCCCUCAGCAACCCCAGACACCAAGCUACUCUCAAGCUUCACCUGCCUAUGGCUUUCCGCAGUACGGCGGUCCUCAAGCCAUGACGCCUCAAGGUGGACCGCACUCUGCUGGUCCCAUGUCUGGCUAUCCUAACCAGCAGUCUCCUAUGGGAGCUCCGAGCCCUGCAGGUCGUGGCAACUGGAACUACACUGCUCAAGGGGGACCUGGCAUGGCUCCUCAAGGAUACGGCCAGAUGCCUAACAACGGCGGGGGUGUUCCGGGCAGUGCUGGUGGAUACGGCCGUAGCGACCAAAUGCAAGGUGGCUACGGUGGCCCUCCAAGCGCUGGUGGAUAUCCUCCCAACGGUCAAGCCGGCAACUAUGGCGGCUACCAGGGCUGA